UGUUCUGUGAGGUGGAGGUGAAGAAGCUGUGUCUCUCUCAGGCUAAUGCUGACCUGGCUGAGGCCGCAGACAAACUAGAAGCCAUUAGGAAGAAACUAGCUGAGUUGGACUGUAGUCUGGAUACCCUGACUGCUGCAUUUGAGAAGGCUACCUCUGAGAAGCUUCGCUGUCAGGACGAGGUCAACCACACCAACAAAACCAUCGAACUGGCCAAUCGCCUCGUCAAAGGACUCGAGUCGGAGAAUGUGCGUUGGGCCCACUCUGUAGCCGGGUACCAUGAGCAGGAGGCGACUCUGUGUGGAGACAUUCUGCUGACUGCAGCCUUCAUCUCCUACGCCGGAUCCUUCUCUAAGAAGUACCGCAGAGAACUACUGGAGAACCUCUGGAUGCCCUUCCUACGUGGCCAGAAGAUCCCCAUCCCCAUGACGGAGGGGUUAGAUCCAGUGUGUAUGCUGACUGAUGAUGCUACCGUGGCUCAGUGGAACAACGAGGGGUUGCCGGGAGACAAGAUGUCCACUCAGAACGCCACCAUCCUCACCAACUGUGAACGCUGGCCACUGCUUAUUGACCCCCAACUGCAGGGCAUCAAGUGGAUCAAGAUUCGUUAUGGCAACAGCCUCAAGGUGGUCAGCCUGGGAGAGAAAGGGUAUGUGGAUGUGAUAGAGCAGGCUGUUGUGACUGGAGACACUGUCCUCAUAGAGAAUCUGGAGGAGUCCAUCGACCCUGUCAUAGACCCUCUACUGGGACGACACACGAUCAAGAAGGGCAGUUGUAUAAAGGUGGGGGAUAAAGAGUGUUUCUUCCACCCAGCGUUUAGGCUGAUCCUCCACACUAAGCUGGCUAACCCCCACUAUAAGCCUGAGAUCCAGGCCCAGACCACCCUCAUCAACUUCACUGUUACAAGAGACGGCCUGGAGGACCAGCUGCUGGCUCAGGUGGUCAAUCUGGAGAGGCCUGACCUCGAGCACCUCAAGAGUGACCUGACCAAGCAGCAGAACCUGUUCAAGAUAGAGCUGAAGCUGUUGGAGGACGAGCUGCUGGGCCGUCUCUCUGCUGCUGAGAGCAACUUCCUAGGAGACAACGUCCUGGUGGAGAAACUAGAGACCACCAAACACACGGCCGCGGAGAUCGAGAUGAAGGUUCUGGAGGCGAAGGUGAACGAGGUGAAGAUCAACGAGGCCAGAGAACACUACCGCCCCGUAGCAGUCAGAUCCUCUCUGCUCUACUUCAUCAUGAACGACCUCAACAAGAUCAACCCCAUGUAUCAGUUCAGCCUCAAGGCGUUUAAUGUGGUGUUCCACAAGGCGGUGGAGCAGGCAGAGGUGUGUGAGGACGUGAGGAGCAGAGUCAACACUCUAAUAGACGGCAUCACCUACUCCACCUUCAACUACAUCAGCAGAGGCCUGUUUGAAAGAGACAAACUCACCUUCACCGCUCAACUCGCCUUCCAGUUGUUACUGAUGAGUAAGGAGAUAGACGUACGAGAACUAGACUUCCUGCUCCGCUUCAACAUCGACCACAGCUACAUCUGUCCUGUAGACUUCCUCUCCAACCAGGCCUGGAGCGCCAUCAAGACAAUGAGUUUCACUGAUGAGUUUCGUGGUUUGGACCGGGACAUCGAGGGCUCCCCUAAACGCUGGAAAAAGGUGGUAGAGUCCGAGUGUCCGGAGAAAGAGAAGUUUCCUCAGGAGUGGAAAGCAAAAAGUUCCCUGCAGAAACUCAUUAUGAUGAGAGCCCUGAGACCUGAUAGGAUGACUUACGCUGUCAGGAACUUUGUGGAGGAGAAGUUGGGGGUGAAGUAUACAGAGAGGAGGAAGACCGAGUUUGCUAAGUCCUUCAGAGAGAGUGGACCCGCCUCGCCUGUCUUCUUCAUCCUGUCUCCCGGAGUAGACCCUCUCAAAGACGUGGAGUCACUGGGCAGGAAGUUAGGAUUCACCAUAGACCUGGGGAAGCUCCACAAUGUGUCUUUGGGUCAGGGCCAGGAGGCUGUGGCUGAGGUUGCCAUGGAGAUGGCUGCUAAGGAGGGACACUGGGUCAUCCUACAGAAUAUCCACCUGGUGGCUCGCUGGCUGGGGUCGUUGGAGAAGCUUCUGGAACGCUGCUGUGAGGGCAGUCACCAGGACUACAGAGUGUUUAUGAGUGCUGAGCCUGCCCCUACACCACAGGAGCACAUCAUCCCUCAGGGCAUCCUGGAGAAUGCCAUCAAGAUCACUAACGAGCCUCCCACUGGCAUGCAUGCCAACCUCCACGCUGCUCUGGACAACUUUGACCAGGAUAUAUUGGAUCAGUGCAGUAGAGAGCAGGAGUUUAAGACCAUCCUGUUCUCUCUGUGUUAUUUUCAUGCCUGUGUGGCUGAGAGGCGCAAGUUCGGUCCUCAGGGUUGGAACAGGAAAUACCCCUUUAACACUGGAGACCUCACCAUCUCUGUCAAUGUGCUCUACAACUACCUGGAGGCCAACUCACAGGUGCCGUGGGAGGACUUGCGCUAUCUGUUUGGAGAGAUCAUGUACGGAGGUCACAUCACAGACGACUGGGACAGAAGACUCUGUAGAACCUACCUGGAGGAAUACAUGCAGCCCAACCAGUCUGACAGGAAGUUGGCUCUGGCUCCGGGCUUUGUGGUUCCCUCCAACUUGGACUACCAGGGUUACCAUGGUUACAUAGAUGAGAUGCUGCCCCAUGAGAGCCCGGUGCAUUAUGGGCUACACCCCAACGCAGAGAUAGAGUUUCUGACGGUGACCUCUGAUAACCUCUUCCACACACUGCUGGAGCUGCAGUCACCUGACUCUGUGAUGGGAGAGGGGGCUUCACAGACCGUAGAGGAGAAGGUGAAGACCAUCCUAGACGAGGUGUUGGAGAAGCUUCCAGAAGAGUACAACAUGUCAGACAUCACGUCUAAGACAGCUGAGAGAUCACCAUACAUCCUGGUCUGCUUCCAGGAGUGUGAGCGUAUGAACACGCUCAUCUACGAGAUACGACGCUCACUGAAGGAGCUGGACCUAGGGCUGAAGGGUGAGCUGGCAAUCUCCUCAGAGAUGGAGCAGAUCCAGGCAGCUCUGUUUUUUGAUAACGUCCCAGACACCUGGACCAAACUGGCCUACCCCUCCACUUACAGCCUUGCCCAGUGGUAUAAUGACGUGUUGCUGCGCUGCAGAGAGCUGGACAGCUGGACACAGGACCUGGCUCUUCCCACCGUCAUCUGGCUGUCUGGACUCUUUAACCCACAGUCCUUCUUAACAGCGGUGAUGCAGUCUCUGGCUCGUAAGAAUGAGUGGCCGUUAGAUAAGAUGAACCUGACUGUGGACGUGACUAAGAAAUUUAAGGAAGAGUUCAACCAGCCAGCCAGAGAGGGAGUAUACAUAUACGGACUAUACAUGGAAGGUGCAAGAUGGGACACUCAGGGUGGGGUGAUCGCGGAGGCUCGUCUGAAGGAGUUAACCCCCUCCAUGCCAGUCAUCUCAGUCCGAGCAGUACCGAACGACAGACAGGAGACGCGUAACAUCUACGAGUGUCCCCUGUACAAGACCAAGCUGAGAGGAACCACUUAUGUCUGGACCUUCAGCCUCAAGACCAGAGAGAGACCAGCCAAGUGGGUACUGGCUGGGGUGGCCCUGCUGCUCAGUGUGUAGAGGUAAGGGUUAGGGGGUGAGGAGGGAGACCAGCCAAGUGGGUACUGGCUGGGGUGGCCCUGCUGCUCAGUGUGUAGAGGUAAGGGUUAGGGGGUGAGGAGGGAGACCAGCCAAGUGGUUACUGGCUGGAAAGAAGCAAGGUCGUUUUCCAUUAGCUAUUUGUAGGGUGUGUAUUUUCUGUGAGAGAAGGUAUUUUAUGUCAAAUACAUGUAUGUGUUACUACAUAAUCCCUCAAACCAGGUUUGAUGUUGCUAUUGAAAUAUAAAAUACAUUUGUAUUGUACUGUUUUAGCACCUGAAAGCUAUAUGAAAAUGUAUAAAGCAUUUGGACAUUUUAUUCAUAUGACUUAAGUAAGAAUAGAAAUAAAAAUGAAAAUCUGUACUUUUUCUGAAUUUAUUGAAAAACAAUACAGUACAAGCUGCAAAAUAGUUUCACACAUUUGAUCACAGUAAGAACCCAUUAAUUCAAAGCUUAGUAUUUUGAACAAAUCAACUGUAUCGUCUAACAAGUGUACAAGUCGAAAAGCAGAAAACAUUGGAUGGUACCCUUUACCUAGGCCUAGCCUCAACUAACGAGUGGUGUUCAAGUGCUCUAUGGUCUAUGUAACACUUGUUAAUA